GCCAGUGCCGCGAGUGCGAGCGGGAGGAGAGGAGGCGAGGGAGGAGGGCAAGAGAGGCAGUUUGAAGAUGGCGGACGAGGCGGCGCUCGCCCUUCAGCCCGGCGGCUCCCCUUCGGCUGUGGCGGCGGAGUGGGAGGCCGCGUCGCCGCCCACAGGGGAACCUCUCAGCAAGAGGCCGCGGAGAGACGUCCCCGGCCUCGGGUGGAGCCCGGGCGAGCUCGAUGGGACAGCCCCUGAGCGUGAGGUGCUGGCGGUGGCCGGGGACGGCCCGGCGGCCGCGGCGGCGGGCGGAGAACGGGAGGCCCCGGCGAUGGCAGGCGGAUUAGGAGACAAUGGGCCAGGCCUACGGGGCCUAUCCCGGGACCCGCCGCCGGCCGACGACUUCGACGAGGAGGAUGAGGACGAAGAAGGAGAGGAGGAGGAAGAGGCGGCGGCGGAGAUUGGGUACCGAGACAACCUGUUUCGUGAUGAAAUAAUCACGAAUGGUUUUCAUUCAUGUGAAAGUGAUGAGGAUGAUAGAGCCUCGCAUGCAAGCUCUAGUGACUGGACUCCAAGGCCAAGGAUAGGUCCAUAUGCUUUUGUUCAGCAACAUCUCAUGAUUGGCACAGAUCCUCGAACAAUUCUUAAAGAUUUACUACCAGAAACAAUUCCUCCACCUGAAUUGGAUGAUAUGACACUGUGGCAGAUUGUUAUUAAUAUCCUUUCAGAACCACCAAAAAGGAAAAAAAGAAAAGAUAUUAAUACAAUUGAAGAUGCUGUGAAAUUACUGCAGGAAUGCAAAAAAAUAAUAGUUCUAACUGGAGCUGGGGUUUCUGUUUCUUGUGGAAUACCUGACUUCAGGUCAAGAGAUGGUAUUUAUGCUCGCCUUGCAGUAGACUUUCCAGAUCUUCCAGAUCCUCAAGCAAUGUUUGAUAUUGAAUAUUUCAGAAAAGAUCCAAGACCAUUCUUCAAGUUUGCAAAGGAAAUAUAUCCUGGACAGUUCCAGCCAUCUCUCUGUCACAAAUUCAUAGCCUUGUCAGAUAAAGAAGGAAAACUACUUCGCAACUAUACUCAGAAUAUAGAUACACUGGAACAGGUCGCGGGAAUCCAAAGGAUAAUUCAGUGUCAUGGUUCCUUUGCAACAGCGUCUUGCCUGAUUUGUAAAUACAAAGUUGACUGUGAAGCUGUACGAGGAGAUAUUUUUAAUCAGGUGGUUCCUCGAUGUCCCAGGUGCCCAGCUGAUGAACCACUUGCUAUUAUGAAACCAGAGAUUGUCUUUUUUGGUGAAAAUUUACCAGAACAGUUUCAUAGAGCCAUGAAGUAUGACAAAGAUGAAGUUGAUCUCCUCAUUGUCAUUGGGUCUUCCCUGAAAGUAAGACCAGUAGCACUAAUUCCAAGUUCCAUACCCCAUGAAGUGCCUCAGAUAUUAAUUAAUAGGGAACCUUUGCCUCAUCUGCAUUUUGAUGUAGAGCUUCUUGGAGACUGUGACGUCAUAAUUAAUGAAUUGUGUCAUAGGUUAGGUGGUGAAUAUGCCAAACUUUGCUGCAACCCUGUAAAGCUUUCAGAAAUUACUGAAAAACCUCCACGAACACAAAAAGAGUUGGCACAUUUGUCAGAGUUGCCACCCACACCUCUCAAUAUUUCAGAAGGCUCAAGUUCGCCAGAAAGAACUUCACCACCAAAUUCUUCAGUUAUUGUCACAUUUUUAGACCAAGCAGCAAAGAGUAAUGUUGAUGAUUCAGAUAUGUCGGAAUCAAAAGAUUGUAUGGAAGAACAGUCACAGGUAGUACAGACUUCUACUAGGAGCACUGAAAGUGUUACUGAACAGUUGGAGAGCCCAGAUUUGAAGAACGUUGGCUCCAGCACUGGGGAGAAGGAUGAAAGAACUCCAGUAGCUGAAACCGUGAGAAAGUGCUGGCCAUCCAAGCUCGCUAAGGAGCAGAUUAGUAAACGGCUUGAUGGUAAUCAGUAUCUGUUUUUACCACCAAAUCGUUAUAUUUUCCAUGGUGCUGAGGUUUAUUCAGACUCUGAAGAUGACGUCUUAUCCUCUAGUUCUUGUGGCAGUAAUAGUGAUAGUGGAACAUGCCAGAGUCCAAGUUUAGAAGAACCCAUGGAGGACGAAAGUGAGAUUGAAGAAUUUUACAAUGGUUUGGAAGAUGAUGCUGAUAUUAAUGAGAGAGCUGGAGAAACAGAGUUUGGAGCUGAUGGAGUUGAUCAGGAGGCAGUUAAUGAUGCUGUAUCUACAAAACAGGAAGCAACAGACAUUAACUAUCAGUCAAACAAAUCAUAAUGUAGUAGUUGUCCAGGUACAGGAAUUGUUCCACCAGCAUUAGGAACUUAGCAUGUCAAAAGGAAUGUUUACUCAUGAACACGAUAGAUCAAAGGAAACCAGAAAGGUGUGAUAUUUAUAGACUAGUAAAAUAGAUUGUUUUUUUUCCUAUGGGUAAUUUUUACCUUCCUUAUUUCUGUACUUGUACACUCAACACUAACUUUUUUUUUUUUUUUUAAAGAAAGGUACUAUGUAUCUUUAAUCUGCUCUUGGUCAAGAUUUUCUUUUGAAGGUUCGUUUGUAUGAUACACCCAUAUGUAUAUAUAAUUUUGUUUAUACAUUUUGCUUAGUGAGUUUCAACAUUUUAAAGUUUUCAAAAAGCCAUUGGAAUGUUAAAUUAAUGUAAAGGGAACAGCUUAUCUAGACCAAAGAAUGGUAUUUUCACAUUUUUCUUUGUUAACAUUGAAUGGUUUGAAAUUCUCAAAUCUGUUCUGCUAAACUUUUGAUUCUUUAUUAGCACAAUUACCUAUUUUUAAACACUGGCAUUUUCCAAAACUUGUGGCAGCUAACUUUUAAAAAAAAUCUCAUGACAUGCAAUGUGAGUAGAAGGAAGUCAACAAUAUGUGGGAGAGCACUCAGUUGUCUUUGUUUUUUAAAGUAAGACUUGGUGCUAAGAGUUUCAGGAAUACUGUAUUGUUCAAGUGAAGAUGGCUUUUGUACUUCCUGUGGACAUGUAGAAAUGUCUAUAUUGGCUCAUAAAACCAACCUGUAAAACAAAUAAAUGCUUUGGAAAUGUUUCAGUUGCUUUAGAAACAAUAGUGCCUGCCUGAGUCCCCUUAGUUUUGAGAAUUUUUGCCAUUGUUGUUUAAAUAUCUAUCACUGUGGUAGAGCUUACAUUGAUCCUUUUCCACAAGUAUUAAACUGCCAAAAUGUGAAUAUGCAAAAACCUUUAUGAUCUAUAAUAAUGGUACUUUGGGGAGAGUGUAAUAUUAUGGACUGUUGCUUUUCUCCACGAAUGAGGAGAGUGACGGGUCCUGGAGUAUGGUUCCAAAGUAGUAUGUAACUCAGCCAGUAAGUACAUGUCUCCUGUUGGGGGUAUUUGGUGCAAUAAACACCAGACUGCUAGCCUAGUUUGUGGAGAUAAACAUGACGUAACUUGUAAUAGCAGAAUAAUUACUUGUAAUAGAAUAGUUACAGAAUGAAGUUAGUUCCUAUUUGUGUCUUUAUUUAAAAGCUUAGCUUGCCUUAAAACUAGAGAUCAACUUUUUCAGCUGCAGAAGCUUUUAGCCUUUCAAAGUUCAUACUUUAUAAAAUUGCACACUAAACAUUUAUUUUUGACUUUUCCCAACAUUACUCCACAAUUAUAAAGUAUAUGUUGCUUUGGUGUUUAUUACAAUUUUUAAAAAGACUGAAAAUGUAGCUGUUCUUUAAGUAUAAAAUCCAGCUAGGACCAUUAUUGCCAGAGAAAAAAAUUUUAUUGAAUGGCCACUUCCCUACCUAUUUGUCUCAAUCUGAAUUUGGCUACACUAAAGAAUGCAGUAUAUUUAGUUUUUCAUUUGCAUGAUGUGUUUGUGCUAUAGAUACAAUAUUUUAAAUUGAAAAAUUUGUUUUAAAUUAUUUUUACAGUGAAGACUGUUUUCAGCUCUUUUUAUAUUGUACAUAGUCUUUUAUGUAAUCUACUGGCAUAUGUUUUGUAGACUGUUUAAUGACUGGGUAUCUUCCUCCAACUUUUGAAAUACAAAACCAGUGUUUUAUACUUGUACACUGUUUUAAAGUCUAUUAAAAUUGUCAUUUGACCUUUUUCCCAUUAACUUACAUUUUUUAAGUUAUAAAAUUUUUAAAUCUUCCAGAAUUUGUACAGCUUUGAGGGCUUUUUUACUAGAUGCUUCUUUUCAUAGUAAAUUUCUUCAUUUAGUUUAUAACUGUCAAACCAGAAUGGUACUUAAGCAAACAAUUGUAGCAAUUGGUACAUCAUGAAAAGUUGCAACAUUGUAUUUCAGCCCUUCUAGGUUGGAGGGCCUUAACACAUAAAAAUGUGGAGAAAAGGCAGGGCCUAAGAAAAACUUGUUAUAUAAAGACUUUGGGGUGGGCAGAAAAAAAUGGUGCAAGUGUAGUGAAUUCAGAGCCCAUGUUAUAAAAGCAUCCAGGUUUUUUGUGAAAUUAGUCUCCUGGUCCCUAGAUCUUCCAAAUCUUCAUGCAAUAAGGAAUGGGCAAAAAAAUGACUACAGACCAUAUUGGGUAUGAACUUUUUGAGAAUGACCGGAUACCUACUUACUCCACUGAAAUUCUUUCCAAGUACUACUACUCAAGAGGCCAGGAAUAGGAACAUACCACUUUAAAAAUAUAUGCAAUGAAUUAACCUUAACCACUCUCAGGUCUCCUGCCUUCCACCCCCCACAAACUUUUGAAGUGAAUUAAAGUAUUCUGCCUUGCUAUAUCCUGCUUGCACUAGAAAAAUUACCUGCAAAAUACCAACCUCAGAUGUUAUAAAGUAAGUGUUCCUUCAGUCAGUGGUGUUUUACAUCGUCUACCUAUUAAGCAUUACUUGGUUAUUUAUUUGAAACAAGGCUCAAUCAACUCCUAGACUUGUAAUUUAAAAGGGGAAUGUGGUAAGCACACCAAAAUGUCUCUACUCAAAAAUGAAUUAAAUCUAAGCCUUAAACUCAAGCUAGGAUGAUAGAAAUAUGGAGCAGCUCUCAACGGGGAACUUAAAAGUAUAUAUAACCUACUGAGCAGCAUCUUGAGAGAGAGAGACCUAAUUGGCAUAAGGUGGGGGUUGUGCAUGGUGUUAAAAGUGACCUCAGGUGAUUUAAAAGUAUAGCAAGGGUUGAGAAAGGAAUAGGGAAGUUACCAUGGCGUAACAGGAAGGUCAAUUUACAUAAGACACUCCAUUCCCAAUUUAUCUCUAGAAAUAGUUCAUUAAUUAGUACUGGCAAGAGUGGCUAUUGAAAUAGGGUGAAUUCUUUAGCAAAAAGGACAAAACUACCAUGAGUUUGGGUGACCAAAGUACAAAAGGUUGGGGAGAAGAGGCUGAGAACAGGAACACUUUUCUCUUGCUUUCAGAGGGCUCACUGUAUGCUCUUCAGGGCAAGACUACUCUAUGCAUAUUAUACAGGGUCUGACACAAGUAACACCCCCCUUUUUUAUUACAAAAUCAUAAGCAUGUAAUUCUGUAGUGGCAACAUUCAACAUUUUCAGUGAAAUGUUCAAACUAAAACUACAGAUUAUUAUACCCGUAUCAUUACCCUGCCAACCACACUCAGCAGGCUUUAAUUCUGCCAGACCCUGUACUUUGAUUUAGGACUUUUUGUUAAACUAAAUGCAAUGAAAUCAUAUCAGGAAACCCAAAAGAUUGUUAGUAGAAAUGAACCCCAUGAAUAGUGCUUUUUUUUUAUGCAUGGACCCUGUGGUGAAGGCUGGUACUCUUGUUUAAAACCUGCAUCCUGGUUUUAUUUCAUGCCAAUUCUACUGCUUUCUCAAGUCUGAACAAUGGUUAUUGGUUAAAAUUACUGCUGAGGACAGGAGCUACAAAGAUGAUUGCUCUUAAAUGUGAGAAGACUAAAUAUUUUCAACUUUAACCACCUCUAUAAUCACCGUCCUUAAAAUUUAGUGUGAACUAUUUGCCUACUUUCUAUACUGGUCUACAAAGCUCAAGGUAUUUUUCUAGUAGCUUUAAAAUGCAAAUGGGGAUUUGAAAAAUUAUCAGUGAUUUUAAUUUUCUACCACUAAUUUCCUUGUUAAUAUUAUUGUGUAUCUGCAGCAACAAAGGGAGGAAAAAGAGUAUCAGACUUACCAAA